AAUCCUCUUGCUGCUCAAUACCUAAUCCAUACCCGUGUGUUGGUCUGCCAAACGGGCACCGGGAACGUAAUAGAGGCGUGAUGUCAGCCCCAUCAACCAUUGGCCUCGGUGCCGCAUCUACGAAUCCUGGCUCCUCGCUCACAACUGACACAUCAGGACUUCUCCGAACCGUGCAAGGUCAUGUUGGUGAUAUAAGAGCUCUGAUAUACUGCGGAGUUUGUGUCAAACUGCUUUACGAACCAUUCACCCUAGCAUGCGGCCAUACAUUUUGUUACAGUUGUCUGACACAAUGGUUUGUGAGCCACCAACGGAAAAAAACUUGUCCAGACUGUCGAGCUUCUGUCUCAGCCCAACCUGCUCCAGCCUAUCUGAUCCGUGAAAUUGUCCACACAUUUAUCACCCGAGCGGAACUGCUUGAAAACGAUGGAACCACAAAGGAACAUCUCUUGAACAAACGCGCGGAGACCGAGAAAAUGGAAUCGGACAAGUCGAGUACUGACCCAGUAAAUGGCGGCCUAUUUCAAGGCUGCUUCAAAUGUCCUCUACCCUUGAAUGAGCCGAUCAACGAUAUCGCAGAUGGUGUUACUAGGUGUCCUCAUUGUGCCUGGGAGCUCGAAGACGGGGGAUGUCUACAUUGUGGGUAUAUGAUGGAUGGGCUUUCGGACAGUGAUUUUUCCGAUGACGAUGACUCUAUUUCAAUGACAGAUGAAAUCGAUGACGUCGAGGACGGAUUUUCAUCAAUCGAUACGGAUGGUAUAGCAUGGAACGAACUUGACCCUGAGUUACAAUAUCACAUGUACUACCAUCACCAUUACCAUCCCGGAUUUCGCCAGACAAGCGACGGAUCAUCUGUAAUGCAUAGGAGCACCGAUCACAGCGAGGAUGAAGAUUUACAUGAUUCGGAGAUGUCUGACUUUAUUGAUGAUGGCACAAUAGACGAAGGCAUAGAAACAGAUCACUCAACUGUUGUUGGCGCAACUACCAUCGUAUCGGACUCUGAGAGCGACCUAGAAGCGCAUGUAGGGUCUAGAGCUCUUCGGUCUCGUAUCCGGCAAACUACAUCUUUUGGUGAUGGUGAUGAUGACGACGACGAGGAUCAUGAUGAUGGCAAUAAUGAUGAUGGGGAAACAGAGGGGAUGAUAGAUGAUGGUGAUGAUGGUGAUGAUGAUGACGAUGAUCCGGUACGAGCGCCAACGAGGGCGGUUCAGCGACGGUGCGAGAUAUCGUCCGCUUCUAUCGAUCAUCCUACUCGUCUCCGGUACCGCGCAACAAACGCUAGCCCAAGGACGUCAGUUAGUGAUAGCGAUGAUGACGAGCAUUGUGAAGAAGGUUUUUCCUUUUCAAAUGCAUUGGAUCGUGUUCGCGCGUCGGGCUCAAACGUGCAUAGCCCAGAACCUCUCGAUGAUGAUUCCGACGUUCCUGUCGCCCCCAUAAGCAGCAGAAGGAGAGGCUCACGGCCAGGCCGGAUACGACCAAGCCAGCGCCGAGGUCGUCACCAAGGCCGGGCCCCGGAGAUUUCUAACUGA